AUGCCACCAAGGUUUUCGGCUUUUAUCGUCAGAGGUGCUGAGGCAGGAUUACUCCAGCUAAAGUGGCUGAGAUGCAGGGAGCAGUUUGCUGAGGGCAAUGACACCUCAGAAAAAAUUAAACAUGAGAAAACAUACAAUGCUGACAACAUUCUUUCUCUAGGACUGACAGAUGACCCAAACUGGCAAAUUGUCAUUUUUAUUUUUCUAUUUCUAACAUAUUUAUUGAGUGUCACUGGAAAUUUGAUUAUUAUCCUGCUCAUCUUGCUGGAUUCCCACCUCAAAACACCCAUGUAUUUCUUUUUUUGGAACUUUUCCUUUUUAGAAAUCUCAUUGACAUCUGUCUGCAUCCCUAGAUUCCUGGUCAGCAUACUGACUAUGGAUAAAACUAUUUCCCAUGAUGUUUGUAUGACACAAUUAUUUUUGGUCAUUUUCUUGGGUGUAUCAGAGUUUUUCCUGUUGGCUGAUGUGUUCUAUGACUGCUAUGUGGACAUCUGCAACCCCCCUCGUUAUGCAACCAUUAUGAGCAACAGAGUUUGCAAUCAGCUGGUUGUUGCUUCUUGGUUGGCUGGUUUGUUAGCAAUCUCUCAGAUGGGCCUGAGGCUGGAAUUCUGUGAUGCCAAUGUUAUUGGCCACUUUGGCUGUGACUAUUCUCCUGUCCUGAAACUCACUUGCACAGACACAUGGGUCACAGAACUAUUAAGUUUUGUUUUAGUCAUUAUCACACUCCUGGUUACACUGGCACUGGUAAUGUUCUUUUAUGCAAAUAUAAUAAGAACAAUUCUGAGGAUCUCUUCUGCCCAGCAGAAGUCUUUUUCUACUUGUUGUUCACAUAUAAUUGUUGUCUCUAUCUCUUAUAGAGGCUCCAUUUUUAUGUGUAUUAAACCUUCUGCAGAGGAAAGAAUAGGUUUAUCCAAAGGUAGCACUGUAGCACUGUUCAGCACUUCAGCUGCACCUGUAUUAAAUCUUUUUAUAUAUACCCUAAGAAAUAAGCAAGUGAAAAAAUCCCUGAAAGGUAUUGUCGGUGCCCUUGCAGUGGUGGUGGUCGUGGAGGUGGCUUUGUUGUGCUGCCGACAUGGCAGCAGUAGCUCCAGAAUUGUGGGUUGCUUGCAUGAUGAUGAUAGCUGCCUGAUGGCAUCUGUGGUGGCAUUGACUGCAGCAAUGGUGAAUGCAGCAGCUGUCUACUUGGUUGUGGUGUCCAUAGCAGCAUUCUGCACAGCUAUGGUGUCUGCAGCAGUAGCAGGGUUACCUCAGAGUGGCAGCAGUGGAGUCAGUGGCUGUAACUGCCUCCUUGGCAGCAAUGGGGUUACCUAG